AUGGAGGUGGGUGAUGGAAGAGGGACUCGAUUCUGGGAGGAUGUCUGGUUACGUGGUGGUGCUCUGAAAGAUCAGUUUCCGAGGCUUUUCUCAGUUUCAAACCAAAGAGGAUCUGUUAUAGGGGAUUGCGGGUUUUGGGAUGGGGCUGGGUGGAUAUGGAAUUUCCAAUGGAGGCGAGAGCUAUUCCAAUGGGAGUUGAAUCUAGUGAACCAGUUGCAUGAUGUAUUAAGGCUGGUCAAGUUGGAUUAUGGCAGUGAGGAUAGAGUUGUAUGGAAAUUUGAUAAACAAGGGGUCUUUUCUACUAACUCUUUUUUGCAGGUACUACAGGAGGACAUCAUUCCGGAGGACAUAACAAGCUACAACUUUACAAAGACAAUCUGGAAAGGUUUAGUUCCACCAAGAGUUGAACUGUUUGUCUGGUUUGUGUUGACUGGUAGGGUCAAUACGAAGGAAAGGCUGAGUCGGUUGGGAGUUAUUCACCACGAAGAUGUUGUAUGUGUGUUUUGUAACAAGAGUAUUGAAUAUGGUCACCACUUGUUCCUUGGUUGUGAUUUCACUUGGCAGGUUUGGUGUGCUUGGUUAUCAUUUGUUGGGAGGCUAUGGUCUUGCCCGGGGACGUUGAAAGAACAUUUCAUAAGUUGGACUGAGAUAUCAGCUAGCAAGGUGGAGCGCAAGAGGUGGUUGAUGGGAUUUUGUGCGAUUAUAUGGAACAUAUGGCUAGAAAGGAACCGAAGAAUUUUUCAGAAUAAAGGAAAAGGGGUUGACGAGGUCAUUCAUAUGUCUUUCAUGAACUAUAAGGAGUGGUUAGGUGUAGACCCUUUUUGUUGUUGA